GUUUUCGUCGACCAUAAACAUACUUUGUAUGAAUUUUCCUUUGUCAUUUUUUUUUCAAACUGGCAAUUGAAAACAAUGAUGGCGGCCGAUUGUUAAGUGAUGGAAGUGUAACGUUAACGGCAUGAGUUUUAUUAACAAUUCUAUAGUUAAAGUUGUACUAAAUACAUUUUUAACAUUAAUAGUGAACAUAUGACCAAUUAGUGUAAUAAUUAUAACUAUCAGAAAACAUGGCGCGAGAGUUUGACCACCUUUUCAAACUGCUGAUUAUCGGUGACAGUGGUGUGGGUAAAAGCUGUCUUCUCCUGCGUUUCGCCGACAACACAUUCUCCGGUAGUUACAUUACUACGAUAGGGGUCGAUUUCAAAAUAAGAACUUUAGAAAUAAACGGUGAGCGAGUGAAGCUACAGAUAUGGGAUACGGCGGGCCAGGAGAGGUUCAGGACGAUAACAAGUACGUACUACAGAGGUACGCACGGCGUCAUCGUGGUCUACGAUGUCACGAACGGAGAGUCCUUCGCCAAUGUCAAGAGAUGGCUGCACGAGAUCGAACAGAAUUGUGAUGUUGUUAAUAAAGUCUUAGUUGGUAACAAGAAUGAUUGUCCGUCAAGAAAAGUAGUGGUGACAGAAGAUGCGCAAAGGUUUGCCAAUCAGAUGAACAUACCGUUGUUCGAGACAAGCGCAAAGGAGAACAUUAAUGUAGAGGAAAUGUUUCUCACUAUCACUAAAAUGGUACUAAGAUCGAAGCUCGAAAUGAAAGAGAGGCAAAAUGUUACAAAAGACACGGUACACCUAAAGAAUAAUAUCAAAACCAAAAAGAAAUGUUGCUAGUGGUAUAUGCACCUCUCUGUGCCACGGACAAUGUUCUCGAUGCUCAAAUAUGGAGAGAUUAGUUGUACAGCCUAGCAGGUUGUCACUGCAACACAUGUUAUUUUCAUUUUAUGAAGGUGAAGCUUUAUGGUUUGAUAUUAGGAUGAUAAAAGGAGACUGCAUGCAACGGAUCACAGACCUCUUAGCCAUAAAAUCAGAACCGGAGCAAAGAAUACAGUUCAUGUUAAAUUCAAAUUGACAACAUAUAGCAACUUGAUAAAGCUAAAAAAAAGAGUAUUAAUGAGAAUUAAGGAUCUCUAUGGUUAAUGAAAAUGUCUGUUGUCUGUGGUCACCCCUCCAUUUGAAAUUAUGCACUUAUAUUGUUAGGUGGUGCUAAUUUAAUAUUGAUAUUAAUUCAAUGGAACAUGUGUGUGUUAUUUAGGUUACAGCAAUAGUUCUGUGUAAAUUGCAUUUGUAUGAGUACAUAUCUUAUAAUGAAGCUAAUUACUUGAUUGUACAUUGCUAACAAGUGCUUGCCCAAGGACGAAACUAAACCAAUUACAAUAACUCAAUUAGAAAAUGACCAAAGUAUUGGUAAUUUAUAAAAAACUUGCUAGGUUGAACAAUCUCAAGAGCAUGUACAUACUAUGGAUUUAUUUACUCCAAAAAUUAUUAGAAUAUAACGAAUGCCUAGUUAAUGAAUGAGUGUAAUCUAAUUAUCAAAAUUUAUGUGAUGGUUCGACGAAUGUUUAGUGUAAGGAAGUAUACCAUUAAACUUUAUUUUUUAUUAAAUGAUAAUCAUUGAAUAGUGGGUCAUUGAACGCUCUGACGGCCCUGAUCACCCAUUGAAAGAAGCUAUAGAUACAAUUGGAAACAUCUAGAUCACAUUUGUUUGUAGUUUUGUUGCUAGCCCUAUAUGAGUGCGUGGUUCCCAUUUCAAAACAAACGCGUCAAAUAUCCACCAUAGUAAUUGUUCGUCGCGCAAUUUUGUGAAUGGGCAUCCAACAGUCUAGCACAACACCACCAAAAUGAAUAAAAAAAUUGGAAAAAUUAAGCUAUUAGGCUAUUUGUGUCUACAAAUUACAAAAGUCAAAGGCAAGUUGUUAAUGAAAUUGGUCUAAAAUAUGUUUUAAAAGUAUUAUUUCUUAUGAAAAAUUACCAGCAACGCGUAUUCGUUAGACCGACAUUACCCGCGUACAUGUUGAAUCCAGUGUAUUUUCAGUGAGAUAUUUAUAUUUUUUUAAUUAUUUUAAUAUUGGCGUAGCGUUUUUACAGUAUUCUGUAUGAAAUUGAAAUUCCAAAUUAAUUUAUUUUUAACUCUUAGGAGAUAUUAUUUUCAAUUUAAAGUAGUAGUUUCUGUGUACCUUUUGGAUUGAAGCAAAUAAGGGAUUUGAGAUGUCACACAGCAUCUCUGUAAUUAGUUGCAUUUAAAAUUCCAUUAUUACUUUUGUAUGAUAAAUGUUGAAUUGAUUGCAUUUGGGUAACAAGCACAGUUAAAAGUUAGUUAUCCCUAAACUAUCUAUACAUAUCAGAAUGUAAGAUAUAUUUACUAGGGAAUGGAGUGAAAAGUAACAAGUACUUUAAUAAACUUGAGUACACAAAGUAAGUGACAAUAGUUAGAGCCUAAACACAGGAACAAUUUGUAAAGUUCAAUAUUAUGUAGGGAGAGAAUAAAAGGAGUUCUAUGUUUAAAAAUGUCCGUUAUUUUGGAACAAGCA